AUGGCAAAACUCACUUUAGUUCUUGUGAUAUCGUUUAGUCUCCUCUUCGUUGGUGUCCUUCACGCAACCAAGACUAGCCUUCCAGACCAAACCAAGGGUUUGCACCGGUCUGGCCCUUCUCCAGGAAGUUCAGAUAAUCCACCUGGAGCUCCUCCAACACAAACCACUAACCGUUUGCUUUGGGUUGAACAUGUGAAGCCACCAAAAACUGCAAGCAAAAUCAAGACUUUGUUCUGA